AACCACAUACGAGAGGCCGGGGAUGUGUGUCACGCGAGUGCGUCCAAGAAUGGCACCGCCGGCGCACACCAUAAGGACCGCAAGAAGUCAGACGACACCCGAUCCCAUGAGCAAUACAUAUCAUCGCUGGUGUUGUGGAGACGACCGUUGAAUACCAUAUACUAUGCCACACAUGAGCUCAUCCAUCAAUUAAUUAGUUUAACCAAAUGGGUUUUAUGCCACACGAGGACCUGUUCAUCACUUGUCAUACUAUUUAUAGCCAUAAUCGGUGUCUCGUAUAUCGAUGGACCCCAUCAGCACUUCCUAAGAAUAUUUCAAAAUCAGGCGCUUUGGUGCCUGUACUGGUGCGGACUCGGCAUACUGUCCAGCGUAGGCCUGGGCACCGGUCUCCACACGUUUCUACUAUAUUUAGGCCCACAUAUAGCAUCGGUAACAUUGGCUGCCUAUGAGUGUGAUUCGCUUGACUUUCCAUCGCCUCCCUAUCCGGACGAAAUCAUAUGUCCCGUUCCGACACCAGGUGUUGCACCGAUUUUGAGUGCAGUAAGCGUAUGGACUAUUAUGUCGAAAGUACGUCUGGAGGCGUUUAUGUGGGGCGCCGGUACAGCACUUGGCGAACUGCCCCCGUAUUUCGUGGCCAGAGCUCACCGACUGUCCGGCGAGGACGAGGAGGAACUAGACCAAGACAUAGCCGACGAGAUCACCGGCUCAUCGGGCGCUGUGGUGCCUAAUGCUGGGAACCAGAGGUCUAUGGCCCAGCGGUUUAGGGCUAAUAUGAUUCAUUUGGUAACUAAAGUCGGGUUCUUCGGUAUACUCGCGUGCGCUUCCAUACCGAACCCUCUGUUUGAUUUGGCGGGCAUUACCUGUGGCUAUAGUCUGGUGCCCUUCUGGACCUUCUUCGGCGCCACCCUUAUUGGAAAGGCUGUCAUCAAAAUGCAUAUCCAGAAGCUGUUUGUAAUCGUGGCCUUCAACGAGAAUUAUGUCGAUCUGUUUGUCGAUAAGAGUCGGAACAUCCCAUAUGUGGGACAAUACCUUCACGAGCCGUUACGCGAGUUCUUAGUGAAACAAAAGGCGAACCUUCAUAAGGGAUCCGCCAAACACACCAUCAAAGAGAGCUCAUGGCUGUCGACGAUCUUUGAAUGGGUAGUGAUCUCGAUGUUAGUCUAUUUCGUGGUCUCAAUCGUCAACUCAAUGGCUCAGAGCUACCAAAAACGCCAAUUGAAGGCCCAGUCGGGUCUCGAGAGCGGCGAACACAGUAGUAAUCACUUGAAAACGAAAUAAUUGUGACCAAAGUCUAGGUUUUAAAACUCAAUUUAAUUUAACGUUCAAAACAAAGCCUCAAUUAAUUGUAAUUAGAUAUAAAAUACUUGAAACCAAUUGUCCACAAGAUUUAAGUUUUGUUGUAUUGAUUAUGAGUGCAAUCAAUCACUACAUCAUUAUUUUAGUAGUUUUUCCCAAUUUUUUUAACUGCAAUAUAUUUUAAUUUUAUAUUUUUUGUCAUAACAGC